AGAACAUUAGGUUAAAUAAGUUGACAGUAACAUCCCCUGUUGUAGAUAUAUCCUUCACAGGCUUUAGAAAACAGCAUUGACCUUUGGGCUGUAUAUUGUGAUCAGAGAGAUUAUCCAUCAGAAGUGCUCGCCUCCGAAAACCAGCAGAUCAUCAUCGAACAGCUUUUCCAAGCAUCAGACGGUAUCUUUGGAUCUCCUGGACACUCCACAGAACUCUAAGGUGGUUGAUAGGUGCAGAAAAUGGCGAAACAACUCCUGCAGAUCCUUGCCUUGUGGACUUUUGUGAUCGGCAUUGUGCAGUGCUGUCCAAAGCAGUGCAGCUGCCACGAUAGAUAUGGCAACCACGUGGCAGCCUGUGCUUACAAAGACCUGCGGGAGGUACCUGUUGGUCUCCCCUCCAAUGUCUCCUCUGUGAUCCUUUCGUCAAACAAGAUCAAAUUUCUGAAAAGUAAAAGCUUCAUCAACGUCACGCAGGCCACUGCUCUCUAUCUGGCUCGCAAUGAAAUGGUCACAAUAGAAAGAGGCACGCUGGCGCCCCUGACUCAGCUUCUCAUUCUGGACAUCAGUUCCAAUAAGAUUGUGAACUUUCCAUGGGAGGAUCUGGUCAACCUCACAGCUCUUCAUAUUUUAAAAAUUAACAACAAUGAGAUGGUGAACCUUCCAAUGGAUGCCUUUUCCACACUCGAAGACAUGCGAUUUCUGCACAUCAACAACAACAAAUUCACCACCAUUGUGCAGGGUACCUUCAGUGCUCUCUCCUAUUUGUCCCAUCUUCAGAUUUUUGACAACCCUUUUGCCUGCUCCUGCAGUCUGGAGUGGCUCAGGGAUUGGAUUUCUACAACAAAAAUUUCCGUCCCUGAGUUGACCUCAAUUGUGUGUGACACCCCUGAAAACCUGAAAGGUAUGAUGGUCACAAAUAUUACUAAACUGGACUGUGAGGCUCCUGCUGUCACUGUAACAUCUCAGCCAAACAUUGAUGAAUCAGAUCUCUAUGAAGGUGUCAUGGUCAUCUUAAACUGUGUGACAAAGGGAAGCCCCACGCCACAGGUCAGCUGGGAGGUGACUGUUGGAAAUCAAAAUUAUAUGUUUCCUUUGCCCUCCACUGGAGAAAUGAAUGAUAAGCCCAUUAAUGAUAAGACAACCAGGAACAGAUUCCUUGUUUUCAGAAACGGCUCUCUCAUUAUUCCUCGUUUGAGUGAAAAGGAGAAUGGUAAUUACAGCUGCACUGCAGUCAAUGACUUAGGCAAGGCAGAGAGCGGCGUUAAAGUGGUCCUGACUGUUUCACCAGGAACCUCAUCCUCAACACCUGGCUUCAGUCCACCUGCAGAAUCCAUCACUUUGACUUUAUUGACAAUUUUAAUUUCUUCUGGAAUCAUCCAUCUCUCUUUGGGAGAUAUGGAGUCCACCUGGAUCAGCUAGGCAGCCGAACCCGAGCGGCUGACAUUCGACAUGUUGUCUGGACUUCUCCUCGUGCAUGACUGUUGAUGUGUUGUGCUCCCCCUCCACACUGUAAGCUCCAACAGUUCUACUUGGUCAUAAUUAAUUAGGGUGAAACAGUCAAAAGUUUAGAUUUUUGCCAUUUUACUGGAAACUGGUUAGGAAACUGAGGUAUCACACAGCAAAAACUUCAAGCAAAAAUGUUCUUGAUUUCAGAGAAUUUUCUCUUAAAUCAAUUCUUUCUAUCUUGAUGAAAUAUAAUAUUUAAGUCAAUUUAUCUGACUUUAUCUGAAAUCAAAUAAAAUGAGACAUUUUCACUCAAAAAAAGUUCAAAAAACAUGCUCAGAUUUGGAUUUUUUGUAGUGCUGUCAGAAACCAGGACUUGAAAGGAUCUAGACAGUUUGAAGGCAGGAUCGAGAGGUGCUGACCCCUCGUUAUGGACAGACAUUUCAUUCAUGGACAUUUAAUGCUCUCUGGUGGGUACACCGGGACAGUUUACUCACGAUAGUUUGAAGGUAUUCAGAAUCCUGACGAUUUUGUAGAACAACCUCCGGUGUUGUGCAGAGUUCCACCUGCAGGUUUCAGCAGCAAAUGGAAACCGCACGAGACAAUACUUUCUGUCAGUUUUAUCAGUAACUGCAAAAGACACAAAGUACAUCAAAAAAGCUGGGAUUUUUUUAGCAUUAGAAUUUGUCAUCUGAAACAGAACUGCUGCUGUUGUCAAUCAGUGUGUGUUUACACAGACGACCGUUGGAAACAGCUGCAGAAUGGCAUUACUCUGUCAGGAGUCACGACAGUACAUGUUGAACCAUUUUAUUCAAGAAUAUCCAGAAAUUAGGAGAGAUGCGCCUAUCUCUUUCUUUUGGACUCAGUUGGGCUCUUCCUCCUGUGAAAACAGGGAUAGCUGGCUUAAUUCCCAGUGUAGCCAUGAGGAAGCCCCGCAAUGAAAUAUGAUGAAAUUUCAAGAACAAUCCAGCAUCAGCAAGAUGAUCCUGGGUUCAAAUCAAGCCCGGGGCCUUUCUGUGUGGAGUUGGCAUGUUUUUCCUGUGUUUGUGUGGAUUCUCUCCUGAUACUCCAGCUUCCUCCCCCGGUACAAACAAAUGCAUGUGAAGUAAAUUGCCUCUCGGUGUGUGUGACUGUCUGUCCCGAUGUGAUGCACUGGAGUCCGGUCCAGGCUGGACCCUGCCGUUGCCCACAAGCAGCCGGGACUGACUCUGGUAACCAUGAACAGGAUAAGUGAUUAAAAAAACAAAUGAAUUUCAAUAUAAUAUACAGCGUGUUGUUACUGGGAUGACUGUGAUGUUUGGAGAUAUCUGUAUUGAGGUUGACAGAAGUGUCUGCAGAAAAACGGACAAUGUUCUGGCAGAAAAUCGCCAGAAUAUUUUCGAUUAUUUUACAGAUGUUUUUGUUACAGUGACGAUAAUUUUGAGUGCAGUUUUCACAGAUGGAAAGUUGUGUAAUAUUACUUUUAUUUAAGGAUAAUAUUCAGAUAAUUCAGUAUAAAUAUAAAUAUAAUUUGUUUUUUAUGGAAACUUAAUAGUUUCCACAACAUCACUUAAAAAUACUUGUGUAAUCUGUUAUACAAACAAAUAUGAGUGCAGAGAGCUUGUCGGGGUUCACAGAGCAGAGCUUCUCACUCUUCGCCUUCCUCCUUCAGCUUCAUCUGCUCGGUCUUCUCGAAGCACAUUGUAAAAACAAAAAUGCUUUGAAAAUCUGGAAAUUCAAGAUAACAUGAUGUGACACAUUGAACUUUCUUAAUUUUUGCUUCUUGUUGUUGACAUUGCUGAGGUUUACAAGUUCUGACAGGAGUUUUGUCAACUUGAAUCUUUUUGUUGACUUCAUUAGGAUAAUCCUGCAAGGCUGAACCAGAAAGAGUUCUGGUUCCAGUGUCAUGUGUUUCUGCAUUCACCAAAUGGAGAUAUUCUUUUUGAAUAAAUGUCAAAACCUUUUUACCUUCAAUGCUGUGUAUUUCCCAAUUGACUGAACACAGAUAUUCUUGAUGAAUAAUCAUGCAAUAGUUACUACUAUUAUUGUUUUUAA